AUGGAUACCCAAAUCGAUGCUGAUGGCGCAAACAAUAGCGCUACCCCCCGACAGAGGGUCACCAACGCCUGUGAAGCUUGCAGGGCUGCCAAGGUCAAGUGUCAGGCAAGUGUUCAACUUGGAAUAUGUCGAAGAUGCCUUGACUUCAAGAGGGAAUGUGUUUUCCGGACAGGCCCCAGGACCCGCCGGCCAAGGCAGUCCAAGUUAAACCAAGACGCACCUCCCCCGCCGCCCCCUCCAGGCCCAUCUAAAACAUUCAGCAUCGAUUUUGACAUGCCUCAGCUGGACGAUGGAGACGAUGUCGAAAGCCUUGCUGCACGUCAUGAGCGGUAUCUCAAGGAGCUCCUGCCGCCCGAUUCGGGGCUGGAUGACAUUGACAUGAUGUUUGCGUUUGGUGACUCCAGCAGCGCUUCGCAUUCCAACAUAUCGUCGCCACCCUCUUCAGGACCCAGCGUCUCUGUAUCUAGCUUCAGCAUGAAGCCACAGUUCAACCUAGACUCUGCCGAGAAGCUGCUACAAACAUUCCGCGGCAUGCUGAAGAGCUUCCCAUGCAUUGCCCUACCGCCAGAUGCCACUGUCAUGUCACUUUCAAAGACCAAGCCCUUUCUUCUCCUUGCCAUUUUAUCCACAGCUUCCGGCUCCAGUGCAUUACAGGGUCAUACCCUUUAUGAUGAAGAGUUCCGAAAAGUUUUGGGUCUGAAGUUUGUUGCCGGCUGCGAACGAACUCUGGAACUACUCCAAGGCCUGCUCAUCUACACAGCGUGGUAUCCGUUCCAUCUCCGCCCGAAGAGCAAGCAGGCUUUCCAAUACGUUCGUAUGGCCUCCGAGAUCAUUCAAGACCUUGAUCUCACCGAGCCAUUCCCGGGCGUGACGGCCGGCUCGGUCCUUACUCCGGAGCAGAUGGACGGCAUUCGCGCUUACCUGUCCUGCUAUUACAUGACAUCAGCGCACGUCCUACCAUUCCUACAAUACUUCCGAAAGACGUCUCUGACCGAUGCCAGAUUUGCGAUCGGUUGGGCAAAGAUGGCGGUACUUGAAUACACCAGCUGGACCAGCACCUGCUGCGACCUCCUCGAGCGAUGCUCCGCGCUCAGGGGUGACCACACCCUUGCAUGGCUCGUCCGCCUGCAGCACGUCACUGAGGAGGCGUCCGAGCUCGCCAAGGUCAAGUUGACUUCCGAGCAAACCAAGCAACAUGUCCACUUCAUGUCCCUGGGCCUCGAUAGUCAGUUGAGGGAGUGGCAGAGUAGAAUACCUGGCAGUCUCGGCGAUCUCAAUACCAUGACCAUCGCAAACCUCUUCACCGAAAUUUAUCUCCUCACCGGCCCAAUAUUCCAAACCCGCUCAACGGCAAAGUUGGGCGACAGCGACGUCGGCCAGCCUAUACCUGCCAGCCGACUCCAGAAGUGUCUCACCCUCAUCCGUAGCUUCUUCGACUUCAUCCUCACGCUCGAUAAAGCCGCGUUCAUUUCAUUCGCCUCGGUGGACUGGGGCCGUUUCAUUCAAACUACCAUCAUCGCUAUCCGUCUUUCCUUUCCGCUGCCACAAUGCCCUGAAUGGGACCAUGCGCGCGCGCGCGAGCAGUUGCAGUUCGAAUCUUACCUAUCUCGCCUGUCGACCAACCACGAGGAGCUGACGCCUUCAGCAAAGAACAUGGACACCCUAUCAGCCAGCAAAGUCGUGUUCGGGGUCAUUAAGCGCAAGUACGAGGCCCGUGUGGCCAACGCCGAGGUGCCGGUGAACAAGCUGUCGAAAGACGUCCGCGGAUGCCCUAUGAUCGACGGUAGUUUGGAACAGUACUUUCCGGUGUGGGAUCAAAGCCUGAAUCGUACCGGCCCGCAUGGCCUGGUCCCAACAAUGCCAACCGGCGCUACUACCAUGGUGAACGGCCAGCCUGUGUAUCAUGACUUGUGGGCCACGAUGACCAUGAGCUGGCCGGAUGGGCCUGUCGGGGAUCCGUCCCAAGGGCAGAAUGGGUUUGACAUGGGUCAGGGGUCCGAUUCUUUGCAGUUGGAUCCAUCGUUCCAAGCAACCUUGGGCCCUUCUCCUACCGGGAGUGGUUGA